CAAACCGCGAAGCAUGGCAUGCUGGGAUACCUUUCUCCAUCAUGGCGGAUCAGGUGGUUGGCUAACACAUUCAACGAUUGUUUGCUUUCACACAAUUUAGGACCGCAGCCGUCUGGCGUUUUCUACACUGGGACUGCAGCCGCCGAACAAACCCCGGUUUUGAGUGAGGGAGCAGCACACCAGUGACAUUAAGAGGACCGUCUACAAAAUCAGGGUCAGCAGCACGAUGGAGUGUGCAGUGGACAUCCCCUCAGGUGAGGAUGAAUUACCUGAGAAAGAGGACAUCAAUGCCAAGGAAGGGAAUGAGCCACCCCACAAGAAAAACAAGAAGCACCGAAAACACAAGAGCAAGAAGAAGAAGAGGAAGAGGAAGGGGGAAAAGGAGAGCAGUUCAGAAUCUGGUCCUGAGUCAGAUGUAGAGCCACCACCUCCGCCAAGACCUGUCCGAACCACCAGAGCCAGUGCCAGACUGGCAGCAGCUGCAGGAGACCAUGCUGUGCUGAAGGAGGAGGGCAAAAAGGAUGUGAUUACAGAUCGUGUGGACACGGAGGGCGAUGCAAAAUCCAAAAAACACAAAAGACACGCUGCCAAGAAGAAGAAAAAGAAGAGGAAGAAAGAUGAAAAGCAGGAAAAGAAAUCCCCGUCUCACUCCCCAUCUGAAAGCAGCUCAGCUACAGGUUCAGAGUCUGAAGGUGAAGGAGGUAAAGUGGCUGGUGAUGGCAAAUACUCCCCAGCUGCAGCAUCUGAUCUGCAAGAAGCAGUGUCCAAACUGGUUCCAAAAAGCAAACGAGGGGAGGAGAAGGUGGUUUCCAUGGUUACACAGAAACCUGAAACUCCUGGAGUGAAGAAAGAGGAGCUAUCCGAUAUGGAUGUGUCCCCAUCUGGAGGGAAGGGCAUUAACACCAAUGGAUCAGAAAAGGAUAUGAGGUUGCCCUCUGCAGGCCAGGAUGAGAUGACGCAGACAGCGACAGUUAAGGUUAAGACAGAGGGUAGUCAUGCUGAUGGUGCAUUCAGCCAUGCACAGGAACUCCCUGACAUCAUCCCUAAACUGGAAGGUGCUACCCCAAGAGAUGACUCGGGCCUGAAAGAUCAGGCCAAUUCAGUUCCGAAGGCAAAGGUCAAGGAACGUGAUUCAUCCAAGUCCAGGUCUCCUUCCCCAUCCAGCGGCCUAGACAUUAAGAGGUCUGGGUCAAGUCAUAGCCGGUCACCAACACCUAGUCCCAGUAGGCAGCAGUCUGAUGGUCAAACAGCAGCAGCAGUUAUGAAAGAACGGCCGAGAACCCGUUCUAGGUCAACCUCAAAGGGAAAACGUUCUACAACUCCUUUAAUGAGUCGGCAGCUGUCUCGCUCAAUGUCCCGCUCUCUAUCCCGUUCUCAGUCGCCUAUAUCUAAGAGGAAGUCACUCUCCCCUUCCCCGAAGUCUCCCAAGCGAGCAAGCUGUCAGUCUCGUUCCACCUCACGCUCACCCACCCCCAAGAAGAAGGUUUCAAAGCCAAUAAGGAAAUCCAAGUCCCCUAAACGUCGGAGGAGUUCCUUGUCUGUUUCCCCGAAGCGACGCAGAAGUUCCCACUCUCCUAAAAGAAAGGUGUCACGAUCCCCUAAACGCAGUGGCCGCAGGUCUCCCUCUCUAUCUCGUUCUCCAAAGAGAGGUCGAAGGUCAGAGUCACGACCCCGUGGAGGCACAAGGCGUUCCAGGACCCGUUCACCUAGACGUGGCGGUGCAGUUGGCAGGCGUUCACGGUCACGUUCCAUCAAUAGAAACCGCCGAUCCCACUCUAGAUCAAGACGCCCUGUUCGUCGCUCCAGGUCACGAUCAUUGGCAAGGCGUGCAGGAGGCAGACGCUCCAGGAGUCGAUCCUUGUCUCGACGUAGGAGGUCACCACCUCCCAGAUCCCGCCGCUCACGCUCCCGGUCCAUUCGCAGAAGCAGACGGACUCGAUCAAGGUCCGUUGUCGUCCUUAAGCGCAACCGCCGCUCCAGAUCGAGGAGUCCCCGCAAACGGACCAAAUCCAAAACCCCUCCCCCCCGGCGGCGGUCUAAAUCUCGGACGCCAGUCAGAAGGCGCUCUCGGUCACCUGCCAGGAGAAAUCGUUCUCCACCAAGGUCCGGCAAACGCUCCAAAUCCCGCUCGUUGUCUCGGAGGAAUCGGUCAAAGUCAAACUCACCACUACCUGGCAAGAAGAGGUCCAAAUCUCCUAAAAAGAGUCGAAGAAGGUCAAAGUCUAAAUCUGUCUCGGUGGGCGCAAACAGAUCGAAGUCCAGGUCUGAGUCAAGUGACGGGCAGUCAGACAGCUCCUCUCCAGCGAGGUCCACAUCUGUCUCUCCUGUUAAAGAGAUGACGCUUUCCUCGCCUAAGGCAGAGCAGACAGCUGGUGGGAAGACAGCUGGAGAAAGUGGAGGACCUUCAGCUGCAGCAGGUGGGUGGAAACCUGUGCCCUCAGCUGUGCCCUCAGCAGUUGCCUCCAGCCCCCAAGCUGGGAGCUCCUCAGACACGUUGCAGGAGCCGCCUCAGACGCUUGCUGAGGAACAGAGAGAGCGUGUCGGCUCAUCCAAUGAACGAGAUGUUUCCAGGUCUAGGUCUGGUUCCAGAGAGCCUGGCACUGGCCCAGAUGGGUCCGAUUGUUCUGAAGGCUCAGAUGAAGAAGAGGAUUCUACCUCUCCGGUUAAAACGGCCCCUCGACGGCAGAGAAGCUCCUCAGGUUCAGCAUCUCCACGAGUGCAGAAGAAGCAGCUUUCCAAGUCACGCUCGCCUACCAUUCGCCGAAAACUGUCACGCUCAACUUCUUCGCCCAGACGAUCGACAUCCAAGUCUAAAUCCAGAAGGAAGCAGUCUAGGUCCAAGUCUCCAGUGAGGAAAAGAGAAUCCAUCUCUCCAUCAGAAAGGAAGAAGCGACGUUCUAAAUCUCGGAGUCCUGCCCGGCGGCGGAGGUCCCGCUCACGCUCGGCCACAUGGCGUAAGCAAUCGGGCUCAAAGUCCCGAACCAAAAUCCGCCGCUCCAAGUCCCGCUCUCCAGCCCGCAAGAGGCGAUCUCGUUCGCCCAACGGACGUGGGAGGAGAAGGUCCAAGUCCAUAGAAAGAAGCAAGCGAUCCAAGAGUCGCUCCACAGGCCGGAGGAAAAGGUCCAGGUCAGGAGACAGAAGCAGGCGAUCAAGGUCUCGGUCUUCUGAUCGCAGACGCAGGUCUAAGUCAAGGGGUCGAGGGAGGCGGCCAGUGUUUCGCAGUCGUUCGUUCGAUAGGCGGGACAGGUGGAAAAGGGAACCUAGCCACUCUCCAGUUCUCAUUCUCCGCAAACAGCGCCGUUCAGGGUCCCGGACACGACGCAGCACCAGCAAGACUCCUCCAAGGCUCACUGACCUGGAUAAGGACCAGUUGCUGGAGAUAGCUAAAGCUAAUGCUGCUGCCAUGUGUGCUAAGGCGGGGGUGCCCAUUCCUGAGAGUCUUCGGCCGAAGACCAUCUUCCAGCUCCCUCUACCCACUCCAUCUCCUACCCCGCUCUCCUUACCAUUACCUUUACCUCUCCCAAUGGGCAUGGGGAUGCCCAACAUGCCGAAUAUGCCCAACAUGGGUCCAAUGGGGAUGUCCAAUAUGUCAGGAAUGCCCAGCAUGUCAAACAUCACCAUGAGUGCCGCUAUGGCAAGUAUGACCGCAGCUACUAUGACAGCUGCUUUGACCAACAUGGGUGCCCUGGCGGCCAUGCCUCCCCUUGCCCCACUUCCUACCAUCACCAACAAGCCUCCCCCGUGUCUCGCACCCCCGACACCAGCCCUUAAUCUGGACCACAUCGAGGAAGCAAAGAGGAAGGUCACUCAGCAGGCUAACAUACACACCAUCAAGGAGCUCACUGAGAAGUGCAAGAUGAUUGCAAAUAGCAAGGAGGAGAUGGCCAUUGCUAAACCCCAUGUCUCAGAUGAUGAAAGCUAAAACUGCCAAGUCCUCACGCCACUCCCCUCAAAGGACUGAAGGAAGAUGUAAAUGCUUUACAGUUCUCUUUGGCAGCCAGAGUGAGCUUCAUAAACCUCCACCAAGAAGAAGAAGAAGAGCACCCUAGUUGUCACAAAUAUAGGAACACCGGCACCAGCCACUGUCCCACUCAGCUUCCCAUUUUUUUUUGUUUGUGUAAAAGAGUGAGACUGGCAGACUGUCACCUGUGAUACCACUGAGAAUACUGUACACACUGACACGUGUGCACAGUUGUAUGACUGUAUAGUGAGUGUGAGUCUGUGUGUAUAUAGUGACUUUCACCACCAACUCCUCAGUGGUGCUGCUCAUUUAAGCAGUCACUGUUGUAAAGACUGAGAGGAAACCAAACCAACUAGUGGCGCAAGUGUUUUUGUAAAAGAUUAGUUUCUCUAAAUUUUUGUUUUACUUUUAUGCUUUCUUAAAGGAUUGUGUUAUGUGAGACUGCUUCCCUGUUCUGCUGUAUUCCCCUCAGCCAUCUCUAGUCCCUGAUUUUAUAAACAAACAAUGCAGGCGACGUUUUGGUAGAUCCUCACAUGUUGUUUUCACAGACCUGGGGCUCCAGGGCGAGAGUGACCACAUGUUGUGAAUUCUGCAACAGAGUGCCAGAUCAGAUUAUUUUGAAGGAAGGAGAUGACUGAAUAUAUUUGCUGAAGAAGGUUUGUUUGAAUUGUGACUAUGACAAAGAUUACCAUCUCCAUUCACAAAACAACUAAUUCAGUUAAUCUGCCCUGGGUGUGACCCCCCCCCCCCUUUUUUUUAAAAGACACCAAGCUAAUCUUUGACUCUCACCUGGUCUUUCAUUCGGGCUUUGUUGUUGGGGUUUUUGUUGCACUUGGAAACAUGUUAGUAGAUUUAAAUUGACAUUUCAUCUGCCAUUCUAAAAGCAGAAAAGUAUAAUAUAUGAAAUGAUUUGAGAUGCACAAAAGCAUACCAUUGCCAUUAGUAUUUGCUGGAAAUUGCCGUGAAAAUCCCAGAUUCAGAUCACAACUAAUAUUCGAUUGAGUGGACCUAUGCCAAACCCACCAAGCUUAAACUAGAUCAAUAUUACAUUUCUUUUUCCUGAUAAACAAUGCAACCUCCCUUAAACUUUCCCCUAUAAAAAUUAUUACUCGUUUAGAAGAACAUUUCCAUUUCACUGUGUAGCUGAAUACAUCUUAAACAAUUGGCGUUUUUAAAUACACUUUUGCUUUUGCCUUUCUGUUGCUGUUUACGUUAUGAAAACAUUUUCUUUCAGUGGCUUUUUUUCCCUUUUUUUUAGAGGCACAUAAGAAGAACACCAUUCAUGUUAUUGUGCUGAGGGGUGACAGAUGACUUGUAGUGGUUAUAAAAGUAAAUGUAGAAAGUUCAGGAUGUCCUGAACUGUGCCAUUGUUCAAAGUUUUUGUGUAUUAGACAAUCAGUUUCUUUGUCUCAAGAUGCUAUUUUUGGAGCAAGAACUUCUAACCACAUGCAAUUUACACAAUUGAAUUUUAUGCAGGUCACAAAUAGAGAAUCGUUUUGAAUAACAGAAUGAGUAGUAUUGUGCAAACAUAAAAUAACCCCCAAGAAGCCCUUUUCAUUUAAUCAACAGGUAACAUUUAAUAUCUGCUUUACUUGUAAGUGUUGUUUCCCUAGCCUGUAGUAGGUCUUCAUUGCGAGUUGUGUCUGGGUAACGGAGUCUGUGUUUCGCUGGAUGCUUUGGUCCCAUUGGAUAACUAAAGAACAAAGAUGAAUUUGGUGCUCUUGAACAAAAAUGGCAGGGAUGAGGUUUUUCUGUUUUUUAGGACAUCUUGCCCUCGGCUCGUUUAUUUUCAUUGCAGAGGCAAAUAAUUCUGGAUCCAUCCUCCUUUGUCGACCUCCCAUGCCCAGGGCUGUUUAACUGGAAGAUAAUCCGUGAAGGGUUUUGUAACUGUAACUACACGGACUCUGUACCAAAAGUGUUGAACUGUUGAAUUGAUUCCCCGAAGUAAUCUUUAAACAUUUUAAUGACAAAAAAAAAGAAAUUGCAUUUUAUGAUUCUUUUUUUUUUUUUUUGGGUCAUGUAAGUAUGACAUCGCUUGCUUUGUACAUAAAUGUGUUGAUGAUUAUUAAAAACCUCAGUGAUCCGUA